UCGAUAGCCCAUCCUACUCGGUAUUAUCGAUCGCUCUCCUCGGCCUCGGCCACACAUGUUCUCUGCCAUGAUAAUCACCAUCGCCAAAGCCAAAGGCGUUUGGAACAUUGUUUCCAAAAUUUUCUGCAAAACCAACAAUGCAUUGAUGUGAACAAUCAAUUCCAAGCAUGGGAAUCAUCAAAACAAACAAAAAAUAGUAAAACCAAUCAUCAUGUUCAAGUAUAUAACAAAAACAGCAAAAGAAACUACACACAAUAUUUUAAGGUUAUGCACUAAUCAGUAUAAAUAUAAGUUCUAUCGUAUGACCAGCAAUAUUCGGAGAGGACAAAGAUAUUUUAUAACUAAUUUAUGGGACGAGAGAGCUUUUUUGAGAGGUAUUUUUCAUCGUGUGAGGUCACAGUUUAUUCGCCACAAAAGGGAACUCUUCCUCUGCACGACAGGUGCCUAUGCGUUCGAUUGGGAAAAUGAAAGAAUAUCCCUACAGUUGAUGCAUGAAUACAUAAAUGAAAUAUCAUAUUGUCAUAAACUAGUCAAUGAAUCAAUCGUAUGCGAAAUAUGUCACAGGCAGGUGAUAGAUUUAAAAUUAGAAAAUAUGAUCUAUUGCCAAUGCAGCGAGAACAAUGAAUCUAACAAAACAAAAUGUUAUGAUAGUUGGCAACCAUUUAUUGAAAGAAAAGAUAUUUUGGUUUGGCGUAAAAAGGUUCCUGGUGGCAUGUUUGUUUAUAAAGUUUAUGGUGCAUACAAUGAUGUAUCUGCAGAAGAUUUUCUUCACGUUCAAACUGAUAUUAAUUAUCGGAAAGAAUGGGAUAACACUGCCGUUUCUUUAGAUAUUAUAGAUACAGACCCAGAUCCUACAUCUAAUAGUCAUGUGAUUUACUGGGAAAUGCUAUGGCCUAGAUUAUUUUCAAACCGUGAUUAUGUAUACAAUAGGCGAUAUAUAACAGAUAAAGCCAAACAAGCGGUGGUCAUAGUUUCCAGAAGUACAUCACAUCCGAGUAUUCCGAAGAAACAAAAGAAUCACAGAGUGUCCGAAUACUGGUCAUACAUGGUUAUUCAAUCAAAAUCAAAGUUAUCAGAGCCAGGAAUUGAGUUUGUGUUAACAUAUUUCGACAAUCCUGGAGUUUCAAUUCCAAGUGCUAUCACUUCUUGGGUAGCAAUGAAUGGGAUGCCAGACUUCUUAGAAAAGCUACGAACUGCCACGGUUGCAUAUUCACAUUCAAAAGUUGUACCAGCUGCAAAGGCUGAAUUAAAUACAACUUGGCCUGUUGUAGAUCCUGGUUAUGAAUAUCCACCUGAUCACAUACCAAUUUACACAAAUCCAGAUUGAAUUUUAAAGUGUGUUUAGGUGGUGACAACACACAGGAGCCACAG